AUGAAUACAGAUGCUGAAAACCCUUUGCCACAUUACCUGGUAACGGAGGCUCUUGCACGUGCAGGUCUCGAGUCGUCUAACCUCAUUCUCGGUAUUGACUUCACCAAGAGCAAUGAGUGGACAGGUUCAAGAUCCUUCCACAGAAAAAGUUUACAUCAUAUUGGAGAUGAUUUAAAUCCCUAUGAAAUGGUGAUAUCCAUUAUCGGGAAAACCUUAGCAGCUUUUGAUGAAGAUAAUUUGAUCCCGUGUUAUGGAUUUGGAGAUGCAUCCACACACGAUCAAGAUGUUUUCAGUUUUUAUCCCGAAGAGAGGUGUUAUAAUGGAUUUGAGGAAGUCUUGAGUAGGUACAGGGAGCUUUUACCCCAUCUAAAGCUUGCAGGCCCAACAUCAUUCGCCCCUGUAAUUGAGAAGGCUAUGACAAUUGUUGAAGAAAGUGGUGGGCAAUAUCAUGUGUUGGUUAUAAUCGCUGAUGUUCAGGUAACAAGAAGUGUGGAUACUGGGCGUGGUCAAUUGAGUCCACAAGAACAGAAAACUGUAGAUGCCAUAGUUGAAGCAAGCAAGCUUCCACUAUCAAUUGUAUUAGUUGGAGUUGGUGAUGGGCCAUGGGACACAAUGAAGGAAUUCGAUGAUAAUAUCCCUUCUCGGAACUUUGACAAUUUCCAGGUUUUGCUAAACUGUAAAUAUUGUUUAUCUUUAGUGAAAAGAAAAAUGCAGCUCCUUAUAUUUAACCUUUUAGACUAA